AUGCGGGGGGCUUGUGCGCGCCUCCAGCCCGCCCCUGGAGGCAGUACGCGGGACCGCAGGCUGGAGGCGCGCCGGCGUGAUUCCGACCGCGGGAGCCUGGAGGAGGAGCCGGAGGUAGCUGCGGGGUGCUCCAGCCCAGGCGAAGGAAGGGCAAGAGGCGGUUCGGACCCGGGGCGGCGCCGGGAGACAUCCUCAUCCUCCGGCGGAACAGCUCCGAAUGGCCAAGCUGACCCCUUCUCAUCCCUUGGCCUAGAAGGGGUGCCUCAAGACCCAGGGAUGGGCGGGAAGGGACCAUGGGGAGCCACAAGUCUGCACCCCGGCGGGGAGAAGGCGGGAGGGAGCCGCUCCGCAGGCGCAGGUGUGUGCAUCCCAGCCAGGGUCGGCUGCCAGUCAGCACCUUCCCCAUAUCACCCAGGGCCUAAGGGCGGAGGCGGAGGGCAGGGGACUGCGGAGCUGUCCCUGGAGCGGGACGCGAACCGGCAGAGUUGGGAGAAGAGCCUCUGAGCCCAGGAGCCGAGCAUGCUGCCCCCGCGUGCAGCGCCCGCGUGCACCCAGCCCGGAGAGGGGGCGCCGGGCGGAGGCGGUGGCCCCCGGAAGGUGUCUGGGACCGGACCGGCUGCACGUGAGCCCAGCGCCGGGUCAUGUGCACCAGCUCAGCCCGGUUCGGCGGCUGGACGUGCUGCGUAUCAACAAAAUGAAACUCAGGACGACAGGAGGGCAGAUAGCUCCAGGUUCUCCGAAUCUCCAACCCCGGACGCUCGGCCUCCCCCCGCACCCCUCUCCCGCCGCAGCCCCUCCAACCGGCCGGAGCCCGCGGGGCAAGUUGCAACCUCCGCGCGCCCCCGCCCUCCCGCGCCCCCUCGCCGGCCCAGGGGCGCUUUGCCGCAGUCAUUAAUAAAGAAGGUCGCCAGGCUCACCCUUCCAAAAGUUGUUGUUGCAUGCGCCCCUCUCAGCCUCCCCGCACCGUACUCUUUAAACGACUGACCAACAUGCGCAA